AACGUCCCCCCCGCCCUACGCUGGUGAAGCGUUUCCGCCAAGAUGGUUGUCGGUGCUUUCCCUAUCGCCAAGCUCCUCUACCUCGGAGUGAGGCAGAUGAGCAAGCCUGUGGCGAACCGAAUAAAAGCGGGAGCCCGGAGAAGCGACUUCUUCAAGACUUACAUCUGUCUGCCGCCGGCACAGCUUUACCACUGGAUUGAGAUGAGAACGAAGAUGCGGAUCAUGGGCUUUCGGGGCUCCACCAUUAAGCCGCUGAACGAGGAGGCGGCUGCGGAGCUGGGCGCAGAGUUGUUGGGAGAGGCUGUCGUCUUCCUCGUGGGUGGCGGAUGUAUGGUACUGGAGUACAGCAGACAGGCCGCGAACUCGCGCCGCAAAGAAGAGGAGCUGAGCGACACCAUCACAAGCCUACAGACUCAGCUAGCAGAACUUGCACUAACCACAGAGACUCUAGAUGCUCAGCUGAGAGAGGUCAACAGGCAACUGGUGUCCUUUCCUCUUCCCACCAAAAAGUGAUGAGAUUAGGUCUUUGCUAUACGACGUGGCCCUGUUUGUUGGUCUGUGUGUGAAAGUACAAGAUAGUACUGCCAUGUGUACAGCCUGAUAAUGACCCUGCUUUAGUCCACCCUGUCCAGUAAAUUGGGGGGGAAGAGGUGGACAUGAGCAUAUCAGUGCGCUGUGGCUUUGGCUACUAUCAUUAUCUCAUGUUUUGAGCAACUAGCUGCGAAGGGGGAUUGCUAUGAUAUUCAUAGUGUAUGUCUAUGGUUGGCCUUGCAUGUUCAUCAUAAAGUUGACUGUAUAUAAAAAUUGGCCGGAAAAGGCAAUGGUGACUGUAAAGUUAAUAUAUUUUAUAACAACUCCAGAAUAUUGCUUUAUCUUUUCAUUUCAGUGAUCGUCAUGGAGCUUAAUCAUUUAGGAAAUGCUGAUUUUCAUGCUCUUCUGGCUUCAUUAAAUGCAAGUGCCAGUCAUAAAUGAGAAACAUUUUGUGUAUUUGAUUGAAGGCCAAAAGCGGACAACAAAAACAAAAACGUGGGUCACAUCAAUGGGUUAUUUGUGUGU